GGGGGGGGGGGAACCGCCGGUGGUGGUUUACCGGUGCUAAAAUGGACCAAGAAGUCCUUUGAUCGUCUGAUUCUUGACGUCCAAAUGCCCCCAGAAUAUGGGGCCUUUUAUCCAUCGGAGGGUGACACCGGUGCCGAUGCUCCGGCCGGUUAUGUUACCAUGUGGGCAGACUUUUUUGGUGACUGUAAUCUCGGUUACCUUUGACUAUUUUUGUUGUUGAGGUUUUGGAGUGGUACAAGAUCCACAUUUCUCAACUGAGUCCGUUGGGUAUGAUCCGGAUUCGAAAUUUUGAGUCAACCUUUCGUGCUCUUGACAUAGAGCCUUCUGUUGGAGAUUUCCGACGGUUUUACCAAAUGACGGUAUCCUUGGGGUUCUUUUCUUUCCGUCAACGAGAUGGUAGUCCCAAACUGAUGACUCCUCCCAAGGGUAUGACGAAGUGGAAAAUGAAGUUCUUUUACAUCAAAGCUGCUGCAAUUGUUGCAAAUAUGACGUUUCGGAAUGUGACCGAGACGAUCAUAACAGAGACCAUUGCAGUCCCGAGUUUGAAGACGGUGGAGUGGUUUCCGCGGUUGCAGACCAUUGAAUGGGUGAAGCUGAGCAACACACAGUUGUGGGUGUUGCGCAUGAUGCUGACAAGGAGGAACAAGAAGUCAAAGCCCGUGGUGCGGGAGAAAAGUGGUGAGGAUGCUCCCUUAUGGAGGAUGUUUGCCCAGGAUUUCCGGGGUCAGGUGGAAACAGUUGUUUGUGCGGAUGGCGAGGAGGAGUUUAAUGUCAUCAUUCGAGAUAACUUCCGGGUGCCUACUCAGGCCGCAUUGGCAGUUGAGUUGCCGCGAGGCAAAGGUAUAUUUAGGAAUCCUUUUUACUUGUGAUAACAAUAAUGGUUUCACUAACUCGCCUUUUGGAUGGUUUCCAUGCAGGUGAUCUUGGGGCCUUAGGGGACCCUGACGCGAAGGGUGUGCCUAAGAGGCAAGUGGUGAAAGGCGUGCGCUUUCGCCAAAAGAAAAUACCGGAGGUCACUGUUGUGCCUCAUCUGGUGCCGCAGGCGGCAGGUAUCUCUUACUCUCCUUUCCGUAGAUACAUGGAUUAUGUGAUAGUAUCUGAUACCCU